UAUGGUUUAAUAGUUUCUCUGUUCAUUCUGCUUGACUAUGCGUGGGAAGGACAGGUGGACUGUCUUGCCCAGACUUGAGUUUCUCUGGCAGCCCUUCCUUUUAGCCUGAGGACAAAUCCCACAUUCUUUAUGAAGACUGCAAUACGCUCCAUAGCAACAGAUCAGUGUAGAGGCACUGUGGGUCCUGGAUGUUUUUAGCCUACGGUAGCUUAGCACAAAACCUAGCUCCAGUGGAAAAAUGGUUCUUAUAACAACUCCAAAUCUGUGUUGUUAUUUGAUUGAUGUUUCAUGCGGAUACCUCACAUGGUGUACUAUGGAGAUUUGUAAUUAAGGGCCUAAGGUUCACUACACCAAUUCCUCAAAGCACCAGGAAGACUGUCUGUUCCCCAACAGCUGAGGAGCUUAGCCAUUGCUUGAGCCUGCACUGCCUCUGUGUGGCUUAUAUUAUAAGGCAGUCCUGGACAGCUGCUGUUAGACUCUGCUUUUAGUCAGUAUCAUUGGCUACUGAGAAGUUUUGAUAUAAGGCACACUAAAUUAUUUGGACUAUCUUGGCUCUCUCCAAAAGGAUUAAAGGCUUUAGGUUUUUUGUAUAAUCACACCCUUGAAAAUCCUCCUCUAAGAAGAGCAUGAUAUUGACUAUAUACUGUAUAUGAAACACUGAGGGGCAAAAUGCUACUUAGAAUAAGAAAAAUUCACAACAGAAUUCACACAGGGAGUAAAAGAAAGAGGUUGGCUGACAAUGGUGUCGCUCAUAAUUUAGGUUCCGGAAAAUAAUCACCCACCACUGACGUGACUGUUCAAAUCACAAAUAGUGCAGUAGUUCCAGAAAACUGUAUUGCCGAGUUUGGCUUGACAUGGUUUCUGAAAUAGGAAGAAUAAACAAAAGACAAACCGUUAAACCUAAUCAUUGUAAAUAACAUGGCAUGCACCGCUAAGCUUAGCACAGCCACAAGGUGGAACCAUUAGGGCCACAAUGGUGACAGCUACCUACACUAAAUCAUCCCAUUUCAGAGAAUAGCUAACAGUUAGCAGCAAAUAACUACCAAGACAUUUAAUUGUAUAACCGACAGGUAGGACAGCAAGACUACAGACUGAAUAAAACAAAUAUUAACCUGUGGACAUAAUACCUGACGAAGCUUACAGGCUUACAGACUAUGAAUUCAACAAUACAUUGGGACCAAACAGAGGCCCAUUGAAUGUAGUACCAUUAAGCACAAGCUCUACACAGGUGGAAGCUAACACAGCAGUGACUCAAUUGCUCAUUAAGUGAGCCUAUUAGUACGUAGAGCAGUAACAGAAAUGAAACUGAAGUAUAAUCACCAAAACAAGGAUUAAUACUGCACAUACGCCAUAGCAAUAUGUAACGUAAUGUACUUAAUGGAGGCACGCAACAGUCAAAUAAAGGAAAUAACACCCGUUUUGGGCUUAAUUGGCCUAACUACUAGAACUCAGAAAAAACUCUCCCAUUGCCUUCCUGAACCUGAACCUGACGAAACAUACCACUCUAAAGGGGGAGGUGGAACAUACCACUCUAAGAGGGGAAUAGUCCAAGUGAUGUGGCCCUUGUAACAGGGAGGUACAAAUAAGUAGCUGUAACCCAUUUUUGCCCAUAGCUUCAACAAAGAGGCCACAUUGUUGUCCAUUUGUGAAGAAAAGCCCAAAGAAAAGCUUAUCCAUAAUCCACAUAUGUAAGCUCCCCUGGAAUGUGUAGUUAAGUAUUCAGUGGUUCCUUUGGUGUUUCACACUAACUUCUAAGCACUUGCUUGCUCGGAGCUACUUCACGUUAAACAGGUAUGUUACACAUCAAUUUUGCAUGUAAUUUAAAGAAUUUCCUUUUUUAAGGGAGAACUUUAAUGUAAAUAAUACUUUAUUCAAUUGUAUUUUAUGGCGUUUUUAGCCAGAUUUCUUUAACAGAGUGAUUAUUAAUUAUGUUUUAUCUAUGCUUUCCCUUCAGGUCAAAGAUGCCCCCCCUCAGAUAUGCAACUUCUCUUCUCCUAUUAUCUAUCAUGUUUUUGUCAUGGAGAAUUUGUCAUGGACGAAAGAUUUUAAUUGUUCCUUUAGAGGGAAGCCACUGGGUGAACAUGGACAUCAUGAUCAAAGCUCUCCACUCUCGAGGACACUCUAUUGAUGUGGUACGAACCAGUAAAAGCUGGUAUAUCCAGGAUGACUCUCCGUGCUACAAGACAAUCACAGUUCCUAUCUCUGAAGCCUUUAAUCACGACUUUAUUAACCCGAUCCUGAAGAAGGUCAUUGACAUAGAAAGGGGGGAGAGCUCAGUUUUGAGCUUUGCAAGUUUGCAGGCUGAGAUGUUUUCUGCGAUGUUUAACAUGCAUAGAAUAAUGUGCAAAAUGGCUACUAACAUGUUUGAAGAUGAAGACUUAAUGAAUACUUUAAAGGACAGAAAGUAUGACCUGGUCCUAACAGAUCCGGCAUGGGGUGCAGGCAUAAUGUUGGCUCAUGCUCUUAAGCUGCCUCUGGUCUAUAAUGUGCGGUGGAUAACUAGCGGAGAGGGACAUAUGGCCAUUGCGCCAUCUCCUUUAUCUUAUGUCCCAUUGACCGGCUCAGGACUGUCAGACAAAAUGACUUUCAUUCAAAGAGUCAAAAAUCACCUUUUUUCUCUCAUUUGGCAAGCUCAGGAUGGAUUUUUUAUCCAUCCACAGUAUCAAGCUGUUUGUGACCAGUUCUUUGGCCCAGAGGUCAGAUAUAUUGACUUAUUGCAGGGAGCAGACCUGUGGCUGAUGAGAGUGGACUUUGUGUUUGAGUUCCCUCGUCCCACCAUAUGGCAGCACCACGCAGCUGUAACGGCCCGAAUCCCUAAUGACGGCACCUUCGAUGGUGAAGGUUGCCUCCAUCCGGGUGACAUUAAACGCUUGCACUUGGAGGAUGGUCUCAUUCCUCCUCAGUUGAAGGCCCAGCUAUUGAAAUAUCUGCAGGGAGAUAAUUGGCUGUGCGGCAAGAAGGACAAAAUGAGUGGAGAGAAAUAA